AUGAACAAACUACAAGGCAAGAAGACUGAACCCAAACUUCCACCUUCUACAUCUAAUAAGGCUCUUGCUGACUCCUUCAAUAACUUCUUCCUUGACAAAGUCGACAUGAUACGACAAAAGCUCUAUGAUGAUAUCACAGUGUCCCCAGACGUCAUAAAGUUCCAGUCAGCCUACCGCAAGUUCCAUAGUACUGAAACAGCCUUGCUAAGAGUCAUCAAUGACAUUCGCCGUGCAGUUGAUCAUGGCAACAUUGCAGCCCUUGUGCUACUGGACUUGUCUUCAGCUUUCGAUACGAUCGAUCACAACCUUCUAGACAGACUCCGGCAUCAGUAUGGUAUCGACGGGACAGCUCUGCGGUGGAUAUCUUCAUACAUUCAUUGA